AUGCAUUCCACGUCUACAAUUUUACUAUUAAUCGUGUCUUGUGCAUACACAUACGGUGAUGAUCGUUGGGUUUGGGCAAAUCACCGACGUUAUGAACGUGCAGAGCCAAAUGCCAAUUUAGAUAGACGUGGCGAUAAAUACAGAAGUGAAUUGUAUGAGGAAGUUGCACGCGAACGUGAGCCUACAACACGAAGACCUAUUCCUGGUGGAGCUCAAAAUGAUGAAAUCGAAGAUUAUCCUGAAAAUGAAAAUCCUAAUGUAGGUACACGCAAUUAUAAUCCUUAUAAUCCAAACAAUUUUAAUGCCGGACAAGUAACUGGGUUUAAUAAUUAUCCAAAUGGUGGGUUUGCUGGUCCUGGAGCAAGUGGUGUUGGUAAUGCAGCAAAUGGUAUAUUAGUUGGUCCAGGUGGUCCAACAGGCAUUAUAGGUAGACCACAAAAUCAAUAUUUUCCUCCUGCUAAUGGUCAAUAUCCCGGAAGUUUCCCCGGACAAACCGGUAUUAAUUUUCCACAAGUCGGUGGUUUUCCGGGUUAUCCAGGACAAUUUCCGCAACUGGGUUUUGCUAAUGCUCAAGGUGGUGGAUUACCUGGAAACAAUGGUAUUGGUCAAUUUGCUGGUGGAUAUCCAAAUCAAAAUGGUUUAGGCUUUCCUCAAGCGCAAAGUGGUACUAAUUUCUAUCCCGGUGGUUUUGGUGGUCAAAAUGGUUUACCAAUCAAUGGUGGUCAAUUUCCUUCCGCACAAUAUCCCGGUGCACAGUAUCCUGGUGGACAAUAUCCUGGAGUUCAAUACCCAGGUGUGCAGUAUCCUGGCGAACAACAAUAUCCUGGCGUCACUGUACCACAAUAUACAGAAGGUUACGGUCUUGGUUACAAUAACCCAAUAAAUCCUUUUAUUGGACCCUAUAAUUCGCAAGCUGGAAAUUCAAUAUUUGCAACGGGUUACGAUGAAACGGAAUCAAAACGUAAACUUGAGAUUGAAGAUAAAAGCGCCUCAGUGGAAAGCAGAAGUGCAGCAGUAAAAAAAGUUGAUGAUAAAGUGCACAAAAAUUUUAAAAAAUAUAGAUAGGAAUUUU